AUGUCACGAAUAUCUCUUAUCUGUCUAGUUAGAGGACAACCCGCUACGUGCGCCUUCGUUGUCGACAUUGAAAGCAAUAAAUAUAUAAGCCAUCUUAAGAGUGCUAUCAAAAGGGUAAGGUCACCUGAAUAUAAAAAUAUUGUCGCUGACAAACUGAGGUUAUGGAAGAUCGAAAUUCCCGAUUCCCGCGAUGAAGAAAUAACCAAUUACACUCUUGAUAGUCAAGACGAACUCAACGCUGCUAGCCCUAUCAAUAAUUACUGGAACGUGAGUCCACCUGCAAGACACGUCCAUGUAAUAGUUGUACCACCUGGAACCGCGGAGAUUAUAUCCUCUGAGGAGCAAAAUCGAGAUACAUCCUCAGAAACUAUCUCUUCUAAGAAGCAGAAAGAGUCGACAUCGAAAAAAAAUACACCUAAUAAAAAACAGAAUAAAGUGACAUCACCGGUAACCUCAACUAAUAAAAAUCAAAGUAAAGUGAAUCCAACCUCAACUAAUAAAAAACAGAAAGAAGUGGCACAAUCGGAAACCACUUCUAAUACGAAACAGGGUGAAAAACAAACAACUGCAUCCAAUAAGAAACGAAAAGAAAUGUCACCACCGGAAACCGAGCCUAAUAAUAAACGUGAAAAAAUAACAUCGUCUCCAGUUGCACCCGCCAAGAACCGUAAAACGGCGACACCUAAACAAGGUGUUACCGAAACACAAACCGGCACAUCUCAGGAUGCUCGUUUGCGUAAACUUGACGGUAUUUUGAAUGAUUUAUUAGCUGACGUAAUGGAAGAUGUUAGAACGAACGAAGAUACGUUUAAUGACGGUGUCGUUCCUCCUGAAUCUCUUAAGGAACUAUGCCAACAAAUGGAAAACCCCGAAAAUCGCACCAAUCUUUAUUACUUCAAGUUUGGUAAAGCUCUUCAGGAUCGACUUGAAGAUCUUAUGGAGAAAAAACAUAAGAAUGCUCGAGAGCUUCUUAGUUCAGAAGUUAACGGUCAUUUUACUGCCGGCACUGAUUUCAAGAAGGAAAUGUCAAGGGCUCAGAAGGUAUUCGAAUUUUUCAACGACAUAGGUAAAGACAGAAUUCAUCGAGUUCGUGCCACCCCAACUACGAUUUCAUCACUUACAAAGGAUGAUGUUAGAUAUAUAAAAGGAAAAUUUACGAAAUCAGAUAUCAAUCUACUUGGAUUGGGCGAUCUUGAUAUAUGA